GGUUGAGGUUCUUAUCCGGUAGAGGGCGGAGUAUGAGAGAGAAGUGAAGAUCGGGGAAUCUGGAGCUGCAGAGGGCUGGAGCUGCGGAAAGGAGCGGAUAGGCUGCAGCGGAUGCCGGGUACCUGCAGCCUGAGUGCGGUCGGGAUGAAAGGCAGGAGUCGGGGGUCCACCGGUUGACUGAACAGGAAGGCUUGUAUUAGCACGAGUCGUGGUUUGAGAGACUAGUCUGGUGUCCGGUGCGCGCCCACACACACACACACACACACACACACGCAUCCACACUCUCAGUAGCCUACGUCUUAAGAACAGCGGGAGAUGCAUUACGUCAUAGCCUCCCGUUGCCCUAGAUGACCGCGCGCGCAGGACGGGAUGAUGCAGGGCUGCUGGACUAGAACAGGAAAGGAUUCCACUGCUGCUCGCGAGCGCCCGGUGGCUGUGUCUCUACUGGACGAGGAAGAAGGGGAGCCGCCGUCGCGUGGCCGCUGGCGCUGAUGGCUCCCCGCGCCCCAAGCGGGAAAGAGACACAGCAGUCGUCGCGGCGCGAGAGGGAAGGGGACAGCAGGUAUCUGGGAAGUGACGUGGUAUCCGCGCCCCACGAGAAAGCACAACGGUGCGGUUGUCGUGCAUUUCGCAGGAGGGCAGGAGCGGGAAGGGGAACAUGGCCGCGCAGUCGGACGGCGGGAAAGCCGGUGUCGGGUGCGGCGGCGGUUUCGCCCAGCUGUACGAUGUUGACGGCGAGGAGCCGAUGGACUCUGCCGCGAUCCACAUCUGUCAGUGCUGCCGCACCUCCGCUUGCUACUGGGGCUGCCGCUCAGCCUGCCUCGGCUCUCUGCUCGGCGGGGGCCAGCCUAUCGGAGGGGUCGGCAUCCGGGAGACUCACUGCCCGCCCCGGGAGCAGCUGUGGCUGGACUGCCUCUGGAUCAUCCUCGCCCUCCUCGUCUUCUUCUGGGACGUUGGCACGGAUCUGUGCCUGGCGAUGGACUACUAUCAGAGACAGGACUACCUCUGGUUCGGCCUCACUCUCUUCUUCGUGCUGGUGCCGUCUGUGCUGGUCCAGAUUCUGAGUUUCCGCUGGUUCGUGCAGGACUACACCGGUGGGGGGCUCGGCGAAGUGGAGGGGCUGACCAAGCGGGGCGCGGUGGCGCUGGGGUGCCUUUAUCCCGGCAGGGACCGCCUGCAGCUGGCCACCAUCUGGCUGUGGCAGGCCACCAUACACAUCCUCCAGCUGGGACAAGUGUGGAGGUACAUCAGGACGCUGUACCUGGGCAUCAUGUCGCGUCGGCAGAAGGAGCACCAGCGCCGCUGGUACUGGGCCAUGAUGUUCGAGUACGCAGACGUCAACAUGCUGCGGCUGCUGGAGACUUUCCUGGAGUCUGCACCUCAGCUGGUCCUGCAGCUCUGCAUCAUGAUCCAGGAGAACCGAGCAGAGACGCUGCAGUGCAUCUCCUCCCUCGGCUCCCUCUUGUCUCUCGCCUGGGUUCUGGCCUCCUACCACAAAUUGCUGCGAGAUUCUCGUGACGACCAGCGCAGCAUGAGCUACCGCGGGGCGCUGCUGCACCUCUUCUGGCGCCUCUUCACCAUCUCGUCCCGCGUCCUCUCGCUUGCCCUCUUCGCCUCCCUCUUCCACAUUUACUUUGGCAUCUUUGUAGUGGUUCACUGGUGCGCCAUGGCCUUCUGGGUGGUGCACGGAGGCACCGACUUCUGUAUGUCCAAGUGGGAGGAGGUGCUCUUCAACAUGGUGGUUGGCAUCGUCUACAUCUUCUGCUGGUUUAAUGUGAAGGAGGGCCGGACGCGGUACAGAAUGGUGACGUACUACAUCGUGGUGUUGGCCGAGAACACCAUCCUCACUGGGCUGUGGUACGCCUACAGGGACCCAGUGUUGACUGACUCCUAUGCUGUCCCAGCGCUGUGCGGCGUCUACCUGACGUUCGCCGGCGGUGUCCUGGUCAUGCUGUUGUACUACGGCUUCCUGCACCCUGCCACUGCCCACCUCCAACCAAGCCCUGCCUCGUCCUGCUGCGCCCAGCUGCUCUGGGGUCUCCCCCUCCCCCCGUCAGCCCCGCCAACCGCCCCACCCACCCCCGCCCACAUGACCAAGUCACAGACGGAAGAGGAUGUGGCCGAGACGUGUCUUCCCGUCUUCCAGGUGAGGUCGGCGCCCAUCACCUCCAAGCCAGAGGGCCCACUGAUAAAGAUCGACAUGCCCAGGAAGCGUUAUCCGGCAUGGGACGCCCACUAUGUAGACAGGCGCCUGCGGAGGACUAUAAACAUCCUGCAGUACAUAACGCCGGCCGCUGUGGGCAUCCGCUACCGUGACGGACCCCUGCUGUAUGAACUGUUGCAGUAUGAGUCCUCACUCUGACACACACACACACACACACACACACACACACACACACACACACACACACACAAACAUCAGUACAGCUAAGCACAUAUGCACCAUCAAAAAAGACAUGUAUGUACACAUGGAUGUUCAGAUUUAGAAACACAUUCUCACACCACACAAUGUCGCACUUGAUGUAAGCACACAGACACAAAAGCAAUCUGUCACAAUUUUAUGCGCGCGUGCACACGCACACACACGCACGCGCGCGCGCACACACA